UUAUUUUUUAUUUUUUUGUGUGUGUUCUUAUUAAAGGUGUUCGGCCCUCGACGGUCAGUCACUUUUUGUGCGGGAUAUAAAGCGAGGGAGUGGCGGCGCCCAGCUAUGGCUCCGAUGUUGCCGGCAAGUGUGCGCCGCUCGCCCAUGGAGGCUGGCCGGGGGAGGAAGGACCUGACGGCCGCCUUCUGGAUCGACCUGCUCGGCUUCUUAACGAUCCGCUUGAAGAAGUUCCACACGGACUGUUGUUAACGUCACUCCGACACCGGGACCGCCACUGCCGCCUCAGAGAGUAAGUGCACCAUGAGGAGCGAUUAAUGUCCUCUGCAGCCGAGUGCCUCCUUCCUUGUGGAUUUUAAUGGACGUUAAGACAGGAAGUGGGACCACCCGGCUCCAUGGGGUUUGACAACACCACCAACCAGACGCUCCCCGGGGUCACCCCUUUGAGCCUGCACAUCUCAUUGCCGCUCAGCGUGCUGGUGGGCGUCAUGAUCCUGCUGACGGUCUUUGGAAACGUACUGGUGGUCAUAGCGGUGUUUACGAGCCGGGCCCUGAAGGCGCCGCAGAACCUCUUCCUGGUGUCUCUUGCGUCGGCGGACAUAUUGGUGGCCACCCUGGUGAUGCCCUUCUCCUUGGCCAACGAGCUGAUGGGAUAUUGGUACUUUGGCGAGGUGUGGUGUGAGAUCUAUCUGGCGCUCGAUGUUCUUUUCUGCACCGCCUCCAUCGCUCACCUCUGCGCCAUCAGCUUGGACCGCUACUGGUCCAUCACGCAGGCUAUUGAGUACAACCUGAAGAGGACGCCGCGCCGCAUCAAGUGCAUCAUCUUCAUCGUGUGGGUGAUUGCGGCCGUUAUCUCCUUCCCGCCUCUCAUCACCAUGGAGAAGGAGGAGAGCAAGGAGGACCCGGUUUGCAAGAUCAAUAACGACAAGUGGUACGUCAUCUCCUCCUGCAUCGGCUCCUUCUUCGUCCCCUGCGUAAUCAUGGUGCUGGUCUACGUCAGGAUCUACCAGAUCGCCAAAAAGAGGACACGGGCGCCGCCGGGGGACAGGAAGCGGAGGGAGAAGUCGCCCAUGGCGCCUUCGAACCAGAAGGAGAACGGCUUGGCUGCAGGCGAGGCGGACAAGCUGAAGGAGCAGCAGGACAUCGAGCUGAAGGAAGGAGUCGGAGGCAAAGAGGGCGAGGUCAACGGCGUGGACAUAGAGGAGUCGUCCUCCUCGGACCACAAAGUCAAAAACCCCUGCUCCAUGAAAAAGAAGGCGGCCAAGGGGAGAAGCAAAAUCAAACCGGGAGACGGCGAAGUGCUGAAGAAGAGCACCAAGGGAAGUCGCUGGAAGGGUCGCCAGAACCGGGAGAAACGCUUCACCUUCGUCCUGGCGGUGGUCAUCGGCGUCUUCGUCAUCUGCUGGUUCCCCUUCUUCUUCACGUACAUGCUGCAGACGCUGUGCGAGUCCUGCCCCGUCCUGGACACCCUCUUCAAGUUCUUCUUCUGGUUCGGCUAUUGCAAUAGCGCGCUCAACCCCAUCAUCUACACCAUCUUCAACAACGACUUCCGCAGGUCCUUCAAGAAGAUCCUCUGCAGGAGGGACAUAAGACGAUACGGCUGACGGACCGCCGCGCUUGUAAAUACUGGUAUUUUCUGCACAUCCUUCAUAUACGUAUGAUCCUGGUGGGACUGCUUGGAGAGCGUCUGCGUAGCGUUGAGUCAAUCUUUGGACUUCCUGGCCGGUCAGUAUUUUGGGCCACAAUUUGAGACAAAACAAAAGUCCUAGUCACGUUUUUUUGAAAGGGGUCCUAUAAUUUUGAAUCAAUAUCUAAAACACUUCCUUGUGGUCUACAUAACAUGUACCGCAUCAAUUUUACAGACCAUCUUUAAGCCACUUUCUGAUGCUCUUCCAAAUGAGCAGUUUUGUGGGCGGUCUUAUUUAAGUGCCAAAGCCCUCCUCCAGGCCACGCCCCCUUCAACUGUGUCUCCUUCCUUACUUAGACUUAGACAAACUUUAUUGGUCCAGAAGGGAAAUUGUUCCACACAGUAGCUCAGUUACAAAGGAUGCUGUUGUUAGCUGCACACUACUGACAAAAAUAAGCUAAAACUAUAAACUUUUUCUUUUAUUUGUAAUUUUAGCACUCAGUCAGUCUGGCCCGUAACAGAAGGCUAAAGAAAGCGAGGGAGCAUCAGAACCGAGACGAUAAAGGCAUCUUGAAGGUUUGUUUGAUAUUAAUUUCCAUAAAGCUUCAAGUAUACAGGUUACGUGUCAUUAUAUUGUCUAUUUGAAAGGACUAUGUGCAUCCAUGCAGAAAGAUUACAAUAUAAGUAGUCUGUUUAUAUCUCAUCUACUUGGAGGCCGGUUGAGCUAACAAUGCUACAUCGCUAACGUAUUAUUACAUGUGUUCAUCUAUGGCAGGGGUGUCAAACGUACGGCCCGAGGGCCGGAUCAGGCCCGCGAACAGGUUUUACCCUGCCUGCUGGAUGAGUUUAAGUAUAAAAAUAACCUGACAUUUUUGAAUGAAAGAAACAGCUGUUCUAAAUGUGUCCACUGGAUGUCGCAAUAGGAAUUCUUUGUAUCUUUGUAGAUGAUGCUACAUAUGUACAAAAUAAACCACGUGAUGUUAGUACAACCAUACUUGCCAACCUUGACACCUCCGAAUUCGGGAGAUGGGGGGGUUAAGAGGUAGGAGUAUAUUUAUGGCUACAAUUCACUGAAAUUAAAGUAUUUCUUAUAUAUAUAUAUAUAUAUAUAUUAGUACAGUAAUGAAAACACAGUUGUUCUAACUGUACUGUACUUGCUGCUUACUUAAAAAACAAAAAAACACUUACCUUUCACUAUUUUAGUAGCUUUUGUUCUGCCAUUUGAGUACUGGCGAGCGAUCUCUGAAUCCGGGAACAUAUCCUUCACGGAUUUGUUGAAAACAUCCGCAAAUGAGAACGGAAUGAUGCUUGCAAGGUGGCCCAUAAUACUGCAUUUCCGCCACCUUGUGGAUGUUGUGUGUCAGUGUAUUAACGUGCCGGCUGGAAUAAACCCACGCUGAGAAAUAGCUCCGUGCCUGCCUAUUUUAUGGGUUAUAGAUAAACCUAUGGAUAACGGAGACAUAUAUAAUAGUCUCCUUUUCAGGUAAGAGACGACGUUAAACGCAGUGCCUUUAAGGCACGCCCCCAAUAUAGUUGUCCGGCUGGAAAUCGGGAGAAUGGUUGUCCCGGGAGAUUUUCGGGAGAGGCACUGAAAUUCGGGAGUCUCCCGGAAAAUUUGGGAGGGUUGGCAAGUAUGAGUACAACAGUCAAGGAAAAUGAUCAAACUACAUAAAUAACAUCCUGUAAUUUUCCUUGAUAGAUUGAAAAUGAACACAAUGAGUUGACUGAUGAACAUUAUCACGUAAUUUAUUCGGAAAAUAUAAAUAACAAUUAAAGAUAGAAGUGUAAAAAAAACCCCCAAAAGAUUAUGAUUUGUACAUUUUCAGAUUGUGCUUGUUGUACUUUUAAACAAAGAUCUGAAGUUGUCUUUAUUUUUAAGUUAUCGUGCCGUGAUCUUACCAGUUCGGCCCACUAGGGAGUAGAUUUUUCUCCAUGUGGCCCCCGAUCUAAAAUGAGUUUGACACCCCUGGACUUACAGCUUCAUUCUACCCACCGUUGCCAGGAAUUGUCGGAACCGUCUCCACGAUUCAAUGCCGUCUUGAGUAAAGCUGUCUGUUUUUGUUUGGACUACAACUGCGAAAAAUAAAAAUGGCGCACUCGCGCAGGUUUUCGGGUAAACCUUUACUGAAAUAUCUGCUGAUGUAACUAAGGCUAAAUAUGUCACGGUCUUCUCAAACUCCCCCCAAAAAAGGCACAUUUAAAAAAAAAUGUUUUUUUUUUAAAAUUAAAAAAAAAAAUUCCAGUACUUAUGAGGAUACCACAUACACGAAAACAAGUAAGAAAAGUUGUUUUUGCAUACUAUGACCCCUUUAAGUAAUACAGCUCGUCAACACACUCCAGGUGAAGGAGAGCUAAUAGCAAUCGUCAUGACGAUGGAGACACUUAAAAAAAUGGGACACCCUGAGAACCGGCGUCCUCUGCAGUGGACAUUUGUCUUUCGCAUAACAGUACAGGCCAAAAGUUUGGACACAUCUUCUCAUUCAAUGUGUUGUCUUUAUUUUCAUGACUAUUUACAUUGUAGAUUGUCACUGAAGGCAUCAAAACUAUGAAUGAACACACGUGGAGUUAUGUACUUAACAAAAAAAGGUGAAAUAACUGUUUUAUAUUCUAGUUUCUUCAAAAUAGCCACCCUUUGCUCUGAUUACUGCUUUGCACACUCUUGGCAUUCUCUCGAUGAGCUUCAAGAGGUAGUCACCUGAAAUGGUUUUCACUUCACAGGUGUCGUAGUUUUGAUGCCUUCAGUGACAAUCUACAAUGUAAAUAGUCAUGAAAAUAGAGAAAAUGCAUUGAAUGAGAAGGUGUGUCCAAACUUUUGGCCUGUACUGUAUAUUAACCUGACAGUAGAAAUAGACCAACAACAAAUGUCCACUGCACAGGACGUUGAUUCCCAUGGAGUUGCAAGUAUGAUUUUAUUUUUAUUUUUAAAUGAUGCUCACUAUGACAGUAUAUUACUUUGUGUCAUGCCUUGAAAUGCUGUAUCCCCUCAAACCUUGCAGGGUGGCGCCCCCCCCCCCCCCCCCUCCUUCCCCAUCCCGCCGUGUUGCACGCCACAGUCGGAGAGGCUUUUACAAAACGAGCUUUACACGCGCCAUUAGCUCCGUUUCUUUGAAUUUGAAAAAAAAAAAACCCCAUCUCUGACAGCUUCAACACCGAGCCCAAUAACACUCAGCAGUAAUUGUAUUUGUACUUUUUUUUGUAUUUUUAUUUUUUUAAAUAUAAUGAUUAGGUGGAUGGCAUUUCUCUUAUUUCACUUCCGCCUCAUUAUUGUCAUGGAUACUGUGUUGUGCCAUUUUGUACAAUAUGAACAUUGGUUGCAAUGGUGUUAACAAUGGUGAUCAAAAUACGGGGAAAAAUAAAACCCAUA